CGGUUGUGCACGCAUUACGGUCUACGGAGUAUAGACAGUCCCGCAUACCAAUUACCAACCAACCCACCAUGGCAGCAACACCCACCCUCCCCCAACUGCCCAUAAGACAUCGGGAUCUCCUGAGCUGGAUCCAAACCCAUCCAAACACCCCUCUCCAUCAGAUCAUCACUCCUUACAACGAAUACGAUGCGGCAGCGCGGAGGCUGUUUGCCCAGGAGCCCUCUCACGAUGCCUUGCAGGAUAACCACCUCAAUAUUGUGCCCGUCUAUGAUUCAAAUGGCACCUGCGAUGUCCGUGUACGGGCUAGAGAUCCCGCCUCGGAGUCUGCAGAGACCAACGAACGGUAUAUCAUGCCUCUGAAUAAGGAAAAGCGGCGGCCCAGUGGUACUCCGGCAGUGGUGCCGAAGUUCGAGGACUUCUGGAAGAACUUUAACAUCUUCUCCGAGGGCGCAUUGAGUGAUAUGGACUGGAGCAAUGUGGUGGUGGCUGGCAGUGCAGUUGUCACUUGUCUGCUCCCGGUGCCAGAGGAGUACCGCAACUCAAAGCGUGGUCUGCGCAAGUACUACCACGAAACAAUUGCCCCAGCGUCCGACGUCGAUCUGUUUCUCUACGGUCUGGACGAAGCACAAGCAAUUGAGAAGAUCCAGCAGAUCGAGGACAAAGUUAAAAACUCCAUUCUCUACGAGACCACCACAGUGCGAACCAAGAAUGCCAUCACCAUUGUCUCGCAGUAUCCUACACGCCAUGUGCAGAUCGUGCUUCGCAUCUACAAAUCCAUCGCCGAGAUCCUCACUGGAUUCGACGUUGACUGCUCGUGUGCUGCUUUUGACGGAAAGCAGGUCUUCGUUUCGCCCCGCGCUCUGGCCUCGUACAUCACCCAGAUAAAUACCGUUGACCUAUCCAGGCGCUCCCCUUCUUAUGAGAACCGCCUGUCAAAGUACUCUCAUCGUGGAUUCGAGAUAUUCUGGCCCCAGCUCAACCGAUCGCAGAUUGACCCGACAAUCUUUGAGCGAAGCUUCACAAGAACGGUUGGCCUGGCGCGUCUCCUGGUUUUGGAGAAGUUGCCAAAGUCAUCCGAUCGGGAGUCUUACAUCGAGCAAAGACGAGAAGAGCGUGGCCGGCCGGCUCCAAGAUACAACAGCAGAAGGAUGCAACCGGGUAACAUCAAGGAUGACUGGAUUGACGAAGUUCCUGAGUGGGAAGAGGGAGAGGAGGUCUCUGACUACAACACCUUUACUAUACCCUACGGGCCCAGGUUCAAGGCCCGAAAAAUCGAGAAAUUGGUUUACACGCGUGACAUGGUACUCAACGCUGAAUGGAAUAAGCCAAAGGACAGACAGGUCAACCUUCACAGACAUCCUGCGUUCGUUGGCGACGCGGUGGAUGUGGUUCAGGAUUGCUGCGGCUGCUGUCCACAACCAGAGACUCCCGAAGAUAAGGAGGUAGCGGAGAAGGAGAGCAAGGUCUAUGUUUCAGGGAAUGUGUCGUUUAUGAAAGAUGACCCGGGUCGUCAAGAGAUUGGCAGCUUCAACCCAAUUACCGAAACUGACUGGACCGAAAUGGCCUAUGUCGGGAAUACAGAGCGGCUGUGCCACGCCAUUGUCGACUGUGACCUUGAAACGGUACAAGAAUGUCUUGCGGGAGACAAUGCAGACCCCAACAACCGCGACUACACGGGUAGAGCGCCCCUGCAUUUGGCUGCUUCGACCUCUUCACCAGAAAUUGUGCAAUGCCUCGUCGAUCAUGGUGCAAGAUUGAUCUCUCGCGUCGCUGAUGGUCGGACAGCGCUUCAUUUGGCUGCUGCCAGGGGAAGCGUGGAGAUUGUCCGGAUAUUGCUUAGGAAGAGUGAGCAAAACGAAGCCGAUCAGAAUCCGAUAAGUGAGUCCACAGAUGAGGGGGAAACGGAUAUAGAUGAAGAAGAGGACGUCAGUACAAGCGAGGACCAAAACUCUUGUACAUCUGGCUCGUUUGUUAAGGUUGGGAGGGAGAUUGACUCCAAAGGCGGUGACAUUGAAGAUGAGAACGAGAAGGAACCCGACAUUUAUGACAUUAAUGUCGUCUCCUGGGACAUUCCGACUUCCGCGCUUCACCUGGCUAUUCUGCAUGGCCACGUUGACGUGGUAAACGAGCUUGUUGCCUCGUUCGGGGCCGAUGUGCUGUUGCCAAUAAAGUUCGUUGGAGCUCAUCGCCAUAGUUCGCGAGUCGCAAUCUUGAACCUUGCCUUAGCACUUCGACUACCUCCCCAAAAGGCUAUUGCUAUGACCGAGAAGCUAUUGCAGCUGGGCGCACUGCCAACACAGGCGGAUCUGAGCAGCCUUACGCCAUUGCACUACGUUGCUGCCUCCGAAUACACCGACCUACUGGAUAUAUACCUCGAGCAAAGCCUCCCUGCAACGCAAAAAGCAAUCAAUUAUCUUGCACCAAAGGGUUAUUCGUGGACCCCAAAUGUCUUCACAGUGCUCAUGGCAGCCCUUCAUGGCAGGAACUCUGACAUGGCGAUUAAGCUGCUCAAGGCCGGCGCAAAACCAUCAAUUGACUUUGAUUCAUUCGUCAAACCAGGACAGGGAGUGUAUGAAAGAAUCCGCUCGAACACAUCAGAAAGAAACUGGGAGAUCUUCCGAUGUGGGAUCACCCAGCCAAUUGUCCGGGCGGUGCAACGGGACUUGCCGUUAGUUGCAUUGUCUCUGAUUGAAUAUGGAGCCGACCCCAAUACCCUGACAACCGAAGGAUAUAAGGUUUUGAGCAAUGAAUCGGCACAAGCCUCCAGCUAUGGGAAGUCGCUCCUCGAUUGUGUGAGAGAUAAGAUCAAAGAACUACGCCGAUACCACGGGGAACGCGCGCCUGUGACACGGCCUACCCCUUUGGUGCAGGCUGAUGACUGCUUGGAUGGACUGAGUCCUGGCACGUAUCAGAUGUGGACCGCAGAGCGGGCAUUGCACGAGGCGAAAGCGCUAUAUGAGGAAAGUCAAAAAAGCUAUGUGAAGACCGUACAUGACACCAAGAACCGCAAGGGCGUGCAAAAUAAGAUCUCUGCGAUCCAGGCUCUUGUUGAUGAUUUCAAACGAUUGGAGGCAACUCUGCUGGAAAAGGGUGCGAUGUCUUUCUACCAUAUGCAUCCGGAUUGCAAGAAGCCGAGUCAGGAGGGAAGAAACUCGGUUUCGGAUACUACCAAAUCGGAGCCUUUCAAGGUGAAAUUUGAUUUCACUGUGCCAGACCUGACUGACACGAAGAGAGAAGCCUAUUUGACGCUAUUCGAGGCAGCAUGGCGCGGCGAUCUUGACACUAUCAAGGCCCUCACACUGGCCGCUGGGGACGGAGACGAUGAUCAAACCCCAUUGCAGAUCGCAGUGCGUGAUCAGAACAGAUUCUCACCGUUUUCUAUCGCAGUUCUCCGUGGCCACCGUAUUGUUGCAAAAGCCAUCCUUGAAAUUGUGCAAGCCCAAUUCAAGAUAGAUGAGAGCGAGACCAGCGAAAGGUUUGAGGUGGACAUGGAGGCCCUGCAUGAUGACGAUGUGGAUGUCGGCAUCUAUAGCGAAAUUAUCGACGACAAAUUUACCCUUGAGAAUAUAGGAGAGACGGCCACGCAAGUGGAGUGCCGAAUCUCUCCACUUGAAGUUUUCUCCUGGGACUGCCCGGCCCAUGUAUUUAUCACCAAUGAGUCUAAGACGUCGGCCAACGACCUUGUCGAGUAUGCGGUGCAGGAGAAUCACGUGGAUCUACUGGAGUUUUUACUCCGUCUCGGUCAAGAGCUGACAGAAAGGGAUACGCGCACACGAAUCAAAGGUCAGGUAUACACUGUGCCAACGAGCAUGGUCUGGUUGGCGAUGACGAAAGGGCACCUGGAAUGCCUGGGAGCGCUUAUAAAGCAUACUGGAGCGGAUUUUCCGACGGAGAAUCUGCUUCUCAAGAAUGGUAUUGAGACAGAGAAAGAGAAGCCCAGGUACUACCAGGGGUUGUUCAUCCGUGGAAAGCGACGCGCAGAGUGGGCCAAUCAUGGUGGUGGUGGAUGGGCUUCCUCAAGCAGCGACCAAGUUUCUCCGCUACUCGUUGCUGCCUCCAAGGGAAGCCUACGGAGCGUGGAAUGGUUCUUCAGCCUGGCACCACUUCAACACUACAUCGAGUUUGUGAAGACCCACGAGCACAACGAGAGACUGAGGCUCUUGGCGCAGUCAGACAAAGGCGUGGAAGCCCCUGUCAUGGACUGGCUUCAAUCAGGGAGUGACCUUGCCCUACACUGCGCUAUACUGUCCGAACCCACGGAAGAGUCGUGCAGACUAGUCGAAUACCUCGUCCAACGUUCUCCGCAACACAUCGAGACGAAAUCAAGCCAAGGAUGCACGCCAUUGGCCCUCGCAUUCUCCCUCCACCGAGUAGACUUUGCCCGCAUCCUCAUCAACGCCGGCGCCAACCAGACGACUCGUGACCGCAAAGGCAACAACCUGAUCCAUUUACUACUUUGCGACAUCAACUGCCAAGCCCGCGAGGAACCAGACAACAUGGAAAGCCUUCUCAACCUACUCGACCCCCGCCUGGCCUCUUCCCUCCUGAUUGAACGCUCCUCGGACGGUCCAGGCUCCGCCACCCCCAUUGCCCGCUGGAUGGAAUACGUGAAACUCCGCUGGUCCAGAAAAGACCGCCCAAGCGGAUGGAGAUUCGACCUGCGCCGAGAAACGAAGGGCAAAUUGGCCAUCAUCCGCCAUCUACUCACAUUCGCCGAGCCCACCGACCAGAAACACCUGGAUGUACUCGACGGCGCUGGUAGCACGCCCGUUCACGAAGCCGUCAAGAAACAACUCCCCCAGACCUUCAAGCUCAUGCUGAACUACCGUCCCGAUCUACUCUACCGGGAAAACGCCACCGGAAGCACGCCCCUGGAACUGGCAGUGGACAAGUGGACCGCGGAGGCGACGUUCAAUCCGCCCCCAAGUCUGAUCGAUGGGAAAUCGUCCGAAGAGGAGGUCAGAAACGAGGUUCGAGACGUCUUGAGGCGGUGGCCCGAGUCCUUUGAGCCGGAUUAUCCGGCUAAGAGUCAGAGUGAGCGACACCAAAUCUAUACAGCGGCCUGUGAAGGGGUUGUCGAGCGGCCACACAAGCGGAAACUGGUCAGCCUGAAUGAGGCGAAUGAGGUGGCUAGGAGACUGGCCGCACGGGGAGAAAGAGGCGAUUCUCCGAGCUCGUCCCCUGAUGUUGUGGCUCAGUGGUAUUUCAUGGCUAACUGAUCUCGGUGGGAGGAUGGUGACGGACUGAUGUUGAAUGGUUCCUUGGUGGAGAGUUAUCAAGUUAUGUAUUUGCUGCUCCAUUACUUUGUUAGCUGGCGCCACAAUUCUUGUGACUUCGCUUUAUUUCUUGAGGAUAACGCCAUCAUCUUUGUUGAAGUAAAUUUUCUUAUUUUCAUC